AUGGUAGAUGGCAUGUUGAAGAUUAAUGGAAGAGCAUGUGUUCCUAAUGUUGAUAACUUGAGGAAAGAGAUCCUAGAUGAAGCUCAUUCUUCUGCUUAUGUUAUGCACCCAGGAGCAACUAAAAUGUAUCACACGAUCAAACCAUAUUUUUGGUGGCGUGGGAUGAAAAAGGAAGCGGCUGAACAUGUUUUCACAUGUCUGGUAUGUCAGAAAGUUAAGGCAGAACAUCAAGCUCCCGUGGGAAAACUGCAACCACUUCCAAUUCCAGAAUGGAAGUGGGAAAGAAUCACAAUGGAUUUUGUAUAUGGUCUCCCAUCAUCAAAGGGAAAAGAUGCAGUAUGGGUUAUUGUGGACCGACUAACCAAAUCGGCUCACUUUUUACCCAUUAGAUGGAAACCAUCACUGGAGACUUUGUCUCAACUAUAUAUUAAGGAGAUCGUCAGAUUGCAUGGUGUGCCAAUUUCUAUUGUCUCUGAUCGAGACCCAAGCUUCACAUCUCGGUUUUGGCAAAGUUUACAUGAUGCCUUGGGAACUAAAUUAAAUUUUACUUCAGCUUAUCAUCCUCAAACAGAUGGGCAGAGUGAACGAACCAUCCUAACUUUGGAGGAACUACUUCGAUCAUGUGUAAUGCAAUGGGAGGAAUCAUGGAUUGACCAUUUGCCCCUGAUUGAGUUUGCUUACAACAAUCAGUACCAUAGUAGUUUGGGUGUCCCACCAUAUGAAGCACUUUAUGGGAGAAAAUGUAGAACACCAUUAUGUUGGGAUGUAGAAGGAGCAAGGCAAAUCUCAGGGCCAGAGAUAGUUCAGAUCACAGUUGAUAAGGUCAAGGAAAUCAGGGAGCGGUUGAGGGUGGCUCAAGAUCGACAGAAAGUUUAUGUUGACACGAGUAGGCGUGAAGUUAAUUUCGAAGUGGGUGAGAAAGUAUUUCUUAAAGUGUCACCAUGGAAAGGGGUGAUGAGAUUUGGUAAGAAAGGGAAACUUGCACCUCGGUAUAUUGGACCCUAUGAAAUCACAGAGAAGAUUGGACCCGUGGCAUAUAAACUAGCAUUGCCUGCAGAGUUAUCCCAAAUCCACAAUGUAUUUCAUGUUAGUAUGCUGAAGAGGUACAAAGUGGAUCCUUCCCAUGCCAUACAACCGGAAGAGAUCGAGUUGGGUCCAGAUUUAACUUUUGAGGAGGUUCCAGUUAAGAUUGUUGAUUUUCAGAUUAAGACUCUUCGCAGGAAAGAAAUCCCAAUGUUGAAAGUGGUUUGGAGAAAUCAAGAAAGUGAGAGUGCUACCUGGGAAACUGAAGCAAGUAUGCGAGAGAAGUACCCUGAGUUGGUAGCAACCUACUUUGCAGGUUAA